AUGUUUGUUGGAAUACUGUCACCAUAUAUGCCACAGACAACACCAGGGUACCCCCAGGGUUAUCAGCCCAUGUUUCCUUAUGGGAAUUACCACGGCCAGCAGUAUGGCUACCCACCGUAUCCCUAUUACCCCAUACCGCCACCACCUGGUUACCCUAACAUGCCACAUCCUGGUUACCUGCCACAUCAGGGUCACAUGCCAUCCCAAGAUCAGACACCUGAUCAAGUUCAGAUGCCACCUCAAGGUCAUGUGCCACCUCAGAUGCCAGUCAAAGGUCAUGUGCCACCUCAGCGGCCAGCCCAAGGUCAGAUGCCACAUCAGAUGCCAGCCCAAGGUCAGAUGCCUCAUCAAGGUCACGUGUCACCUAUGAUGCCACCCCAGGGUCAAGGUCCGCCACAGAUGCCACCUCAAGGCCAAAUAGUGCCACCUCAAGGCCAGCCUCCACUGCAACUUAGGCAACGACAACCACCGGCAGGCAACGACCGACGAAAUGACACCCCACCCAAGGGGUUGAAGUUUGAUGGGAAGGACAACUGGGUGGGCUUCAAGCACAAAUUCAUGAGGUAUGCUGAAGUAAAAAAACUGGACUGUCAACGAAAUGAGGGACAAUCUCUGCUGGAGUUUGGAAGGAAAGGCUAA